AUGGUUAAUAAGCCAUACCACUGGCAAAGUCACAAUGUGAAGCAGAGUGGUGUCGAGGACAUGGUCCUCUUGCAGAAGAUCAAUGAAGCUGCCAUUGUGGAAAAUCUCAAGAAAAGAUUCAUGGAUGACUGCAUAUACACAUACAUUGGGCCGGUGUUGAUAUCUGUGAACCCUUUCAAAAAUCUUCCCAUCUAUUCUGAUAAGGAGAUUGACCAGUAUCGAGGAGCUGCUUCUUACGAAAAUGCCCCACAUGUAUUUGCCCUGAGUGACUCCAUGUAUAGGAACAUGGUGAUCGACACUGAAAAUCAAUGUGUCAUCAUCAGUGGAGAGUCAGGUGCUGGCAAGACGGUGGCAGCCAAGCACAUUAUGAACUACAUUGCUAAGGUCUCCGGCGGUGGAUCCACUGUUCAGAGAGUGAAAGAGAUAAUUCUAGAAUCGAAUCCUUUAUUGGAGGCGUUUGGAAAUGCAAAAACUGGCAAGUAUGUUGAGAUGCAGUUCAGCAAGGGUGGAGAGCCCAUUGGGGGACAUAUUUCUAACUUCCUACUCGAGAAAUCGAGACUUGUUCUUCAGAACACAAAUGAGCGAUCAUUCCACAUCUUCUACCAACUUAUUUCUGGGGCCAGUGCGGAACUACAAGAGAGCCUGGGUCUCACAUCACCCGACUACUUCUUCUACCUCAACCAGAGUGGUACUUACAAAGUUGAUGGCAUUGAUGACGUCAAAGAUUUUCAGGACACUAAUCACGCGAUGAGUGUGAUGGGCAUGUCUGAAACGGACCAGUUCAACGUGAUGUCGUUGACAGCGGCCAUCCUCCAUCUCGGCAACAUCUUCUUCCAGGAGCUCAACAAUUAUGCUGCUAUCCAGAGUCCUGAAUUUCUUCAGUUUCCUGCAUACUUGCUGGGAAUUUCCAUAGAGGACCUGACGGCGAAACUGACCAGCAGGGUGAUGGACAGCAAGUGGGCCGGCAAGACGGAAAACAUCAACGUCACCCUGAACCCCGAACAAGCCAGCCACACCAGGGAUGCCCUCGCUAAGGCCUUGUACUAUCGACUGUUUGAUUAUUUGGUGGAGACGGUGAACCAGGCGAUGGUGAGCAGUCAGGAGAUCAUGAAUGUCGGCAUUCUCGAUAUUUACGGGUUUGAAAUAUUCCAAAAAAAUGGUUUCGAGCAGUUCUGCAUCAAUUACGUCAACGAGAAACUUCAGCAGAUUUUUAUCGAGUUGACACUGAAAGCAGAACAGGAAGAGUACGUGCAAGAAGGCAUAAAGUGGAUCCCAAUAGAGUACUUCAACAACAAGAUUGUCUGUGACCUCAUUGAGUCGAAGCAACCCCCUGGUGUCAUGUGCGUUCUUGACGACGUGUGCGCCACUAUGCACGCCGUCUCUGAAGGAGUUGAUGGCACACUCCUUGCCAAAUUGUCAUCAGCCAUAGGGAGUCACCAGCAUUACCAGGGGGGUAGCUCGGAUUUUAUCAUCCAUCAUUAUGCCGGCAAGGUGUCUUACACAGCAGAAGGAUUUUGCGAGCGAAACAGGGAUGUACUCUUUAGCGAUCUCAUCCUCUUGAUGCAAUCUUCAAAUAAUCCAUUCCUUGUCUCGUUGUUCCCCGAGGUGGUCAACACGAAUGCCAAGUCGAGACCAACAACUGCCAGUUCUAAAAUCAAGAGCCAGGCCAACAAACUCGUGGAGGCUCUUAUGAAGUGCGUUCCGAACUACAUCAGAUGCAUCAAGCCCAAUGAAACUAAGCUGAGCAAAGAUUGGGAGGAAAACAGGGUGAAGCAUCAGGUGGAGUACCUGGGUCUGAAGGAAAAUGUGAGGGUUCGUAGGGCUGGUUUCGCAUACAGAAGAGUCUUCGAUAAGUUCAUUAAAAGGUAUGCCAUCCUCACGAAAGAGACGUGGCCCGAAUGGCGGGGGGAUCAAAAACAAGGAGUGCAGAUCAUCAUGAGGAGUGUCAACAUGGAUCAUGAUCAGUUCCAACUUGGCAAGACAAAAGUUUUUGUUAAAAAUCCAGAAUCUCUCUUCUUGUUGGAGGAAGUGAGAGAGAGGAAGUUUGAUGGGUACGCCAGGGUCAUCCAGAAGAUGUUCCGGAAGUGGAACGCUCAAAAGCAGUACAUCAGACUGAAGAAUGAGGCCUCAAGUCUCGUGUUAAAUAAGAAGGAACGUCGUCGUUUCAGCAUCGACCGAUCAUUUGUUGGGGACUACUUGGGACUUGAACACAAGCCAGGACUGCGAGCUCUUCUGGAAAGAAGGGAGAUGGUGGAGUUUGCUGAUGCAGUCAACAAAUAUGACAGGAGGUUCAAGCCCUCCAAAAGAGAUUUGAUAAUCACCAACAAGUUCUUCUACUUGAUCGGCAGAGAGCAAGUCAAGAAGGGUCCGCAAAAAGGUCAGGUCCUGGAAGUUAUCAAGAGGAAGAUUCCGUUGGAAGGCAUCUCUCAUUUUGCUCUCAGCACGCGUCAAGAUGACUUCUUUAUAUUGUAUACAUUGGACGACUACGCCAACCUGAUGGAAUGCACGUUCAAGACGGAAAUGCUGUCAGUACUGAACAAACUCAGUACUGCUCAAGGGAGAGGAGCGUUGAAGAUUCAUUUCAACGACAGCAUAGAAUAUGUGACAAAAAAGGAUAAGUUUUUUGGAGCCAGCAAGCUGACGGUGAAGUUUUCGUCAGGCGCAGGCAACAUGGCCGUGCUGAAGCCAUCCAGUAAGGUCCUGACUGUUAGCAUUGGACCUGGUCUGCCAAAGGAUUCUAGCAUCCCAGCGCCAGUGGCCCACAGGAACACACCUCCUCCAGUGAGCACACCAGUAAACAGUAAUUCGAAGUUCCUGAGACAAAUAUCUGUUGACAAGAAGGUCCCUCAUCUGCCCAACACCUCCCUACAAAAAGCUGCCAAGUCAAAAAGUCGAGUGAACAGGCCCGAUGAAGAUAAGUCUUACCUGCAGAUUCCUGAUCCUGGAGUUGCUGGGGCCCAACGAUUAAGCGGCCUCAACUCGAACAAACCAUCUCCAGGCGGAGGCAAACCGAAACCGAAAGUGAAACCUCCAGUCGAAAAUUACCAGAAGUACACGUGUCUGUACGCCUACGAUGCUCAAGACACGGAUGAGUUGAGCUUCAAUCCCGGAGACGUCAUCGAACUCAUCAAGGAAGAUGCUACCGGCUGGUGGACCGGUCGACUGAGGGGAAAGACGGGACUCUUCCCACACAAUUACGUCGAAAAGUGUACCGAAGUCGAGAGGCGUGAAUUUUUUUCUGAUCACGUAUAUUCAAAUCCAAUAUCAGACAUCACGUAG